CAAUUAAAGUAAUUUUUUCUUACAUUUUUCAAAGUAACCAGUUCAGCGAAAUUUUAUCUUCCAGCAGCUUUCAACAACGAGCAGACUUGACAACUUUCACGAAAACAGCUGGAGAGAGGAAAACUGUUUUACCAGGUUCAAGAUGGUUGAUGAUGCUACUCGAAAAACAUUAAGUAAUAUACCGCUGUUAAAAACCAAAGCUGGACCAAGAGAUAAAGAAUUAUGGGUAACUCGACUGAAAGAGGAGUACCAAGCUCUGAUUAAAUAUGUACAGAAUAACAAAGAAGCAGAUAACGACUGGUUUCGGCUAGAAAGUAAUAAAGAAGGAACAAGAUGGUUUGGAAAAUGCUGGUUCAUUCAUGAACUUCUGAAAUAUGAAUUUGAUGUUGAAUUUGACAUUCCAGUAACUUACCCAGCCACUGCACCUGAGAUAGCAUUACCAGAACUGGAUGGUAAAACAGCUAAAAUGUACAGAGGAGGUCGAAUCUGUUUAACAGAUCACUUUAAGCCUCUGUGGGCUCGUAAUAUUCCUAAGUUUGGUAUUGCUCAUGCUAUGGCCUUAGGGCUUGGACCUUGGUUAGCAGUGGAGAUUCCAGACAUGAUUCAACGGGAGGUUAUCACUUAUGUGGAGAAGAAAUCUUAGCAACUUGUUGAAAAGUUUGUGCUGUGGUACAUAAACCAUUUUAUUUCAGUGAAUAUUGUUGCAUUUGUGUUUUUUUAAGACAGAUUGUUGCUAAAUGCAAAUUAUUAGUUAUUAUUGACAUGUUCCUGUGCUGAAACUUUGUUGUUAUUUUAGAAAAUUACUUCAUUCAGAAAGUCAAGGAGUUUAAAAUCAUUUUAAAAGUUUAUACUAUAUUAUUAGAAUAAAAUUUUCAUAACAUUAAAA